AUGUCGAACGACAAGGCCAAGCCGAGGAAUGACGAUGAGGGAGGAAAAAAGAAUCUCACCAGAUCUUCAGAGCAGAACAUUACCGACAUGACGUUAAACGACUUCAAAUCGGCAGUGCCGCAGAUUGGCUGGCGAGAUUUGCUCGGAGCUGAGCUAUCUCCCAUACUUAAAUUGACGGAUGAAACCAUGGUAUCGGUGAUGAAUCUUGAGUAUUUCAAACCGUCUCGCCGUUACUGCCCGUCUCUCGUUACUCACUUUCAAACCAUGGCCAACUAUCUUUGUAGUUGCGCUGAAAAUCUUGAAAGUUUCGAGCCUGCUCAGAAGCUAUACAUUGCCAACAAUCGCUUGGGAAAGAAAGAUAAAUCUUCAUUUCUUGGAGAGUUGAAAAAAGACUUCUUAACGAACCACCUUUCUUACCCUUCUCCAAACAUGGACGAUUUCAAUCGCAUCGCCUUCUUGGUGGGAUAUCCACAGCGACUCACGAACGAAGAACUUGUUUGGAAGCCAUUCUCAUCGGUCGCGACUGAUUUCAACGACUACUUUGGUACGAUCACGAGGUUGCUGCGAAGGCAAAGUAUUUAUCGGUUGUCGCAGAUCGGUACCUACUUGGAUUCAGACGACGCAACUGUGUAUGAUGUGCUUAGGCCUACUCUAGAGUACAACGGUCAUUUGGCCAUCAUGGGUAGCCCUUUCAGUGCCAUCCUGUUUGUUCCUGCUGAAGCGGCAGCAGAGCCGUCUUCGAGGUGUGUGUGUACAGCUUGUUUUCAAGGUCCCAGAAGACUAUGGAAUCUGCCAUACACCUGCGACAUCUGUCUCUUUGUAUAUUCUAUAUCUUUAUAG